UUCCCAGAAUCCUCUAGAAGGAGCUCGGCGAAGGUGAUAUCAUCUUCGUAAAAUUAGAUUAACCAAAGCUUCCUUUACAACAAAAUUCAAUUUCUUAGAUGUAUGACAAAAAGGAAAUGUCAUUGUUUAUAUUUUAAGUAAAGUUUCAAUCGUUUCCCCCCAGUAUUCCCAAAUACUUGUGACCGUCUGUUGGUCGCAGACCGAAGAUGACGUCACAGAUGUAAAUACGACCUGUUUUGUGCAACAAAUCUCAAGAGGGAUCUUCAAAAAAUCUCAAACAAAAGAAAGAUAAUGGACAGUGAAGAUGAUAUGAUAUACGAUGAGGACUCUGAAGGUGAAGUUGAAAUCGAUUCCAGCGAUAAUGAAGACUUCGUGGAAAUGGCUGAACCCUCCUCCGCACAGGACAAAUCUGAACAAGAAGAAUUUCCAUUUGAGGUCUUGACUGCUGAUCAGAUUGUAAAGUUUAUGGUUGAUUGCAUUAAAGAAGUUAAUGUUGUGGUUCAGAUUCCUCAGACAGUUAUAAGAAUUUUACUGAACCAUUUUCGAUGGGAUAAAGAAAAGCUAAUGGAAAGGUAUUAUGAUGGUGAUCAAGACAGGCUGUUUUCUGAGGCUCAUGUUGUCAGUCCAUUGAGAAAAGACUCUGGAACAGGAGCAAGGCCCAAGAAAAUGACGAGAUUGGCAACAUCAGCUGAUAGUGUUCCAGCAACUUGUGAGAUCUGUUAUGUAACUAAAUCCCAGAAGGAUAUGGCAGGAUUAGAAUGUGGCCAUAAAUUUUGUAGUGAAUGUUGGACAGAUUAUUUAACAUCUAAGAUUGUAGAGGAAGGUAUGGGACAAACAAUAUCAUGUGCUGCCUAUGGUUGUGAUAUUCUAGUAGAUGAUGAUACAGUUAUGAAAUUAAUAACCGAUCCAAGAACUAGAUUAAAAUACCAGCAACUAAUAACCAAUAGUUUUGUAGAGUGUAACAAGUUAUUACGAUGGUGUCCAGCCCCAGACUGUGGGCAUGUAGUAAAAGUUGUUUUCCACGAUGCCAAACCAGUAACCUGUAACUGUGGUCAUAUUUUUUGCUUUGCAUGUGGAGAAAAUUGGCAUGACCCAGUCAAAUGUAAAUGGUUAAGAAAAUGGAUAAAGAAGUGUGAUGACGAUAGUGAAACCUCUAAUUGGAUAGCUGCCAAUACCAAGGAAUGUCCAAAAUGUAGAGUCACAAUAGAGAAAGAUGGAGGCUGUAACCACAUGAUCUGUAAAAACCAGAAUUGUAAAGCAGACUUCUGUUGGGUGUGUUUAGGUCCCUGGGAACCACAUGGGUCAUCGUGGUAUAAUUGUAACAGAUAUGAUGAAGAUGAAGCUAAGAAAGCUAGAGAUAACCAGGAGGUCUCUAGGGCAAUGCUACAAAGAUAUCUGUUCUAUUGUAACCGGUACAUGAACCACAUGCAGAGUUUAAAGUUUGAAAACAAGCUUUAUGCCUCUGUGAAGUUAAAGAUGGAAGAGAUGCAGCAACACAUGUCAUGGAUUGAAGUACAAUUCUUAAAAAAAGCUGUAGAUGUUUUGUGUCAAUGUAGGCAAACUCUUAUGUACACAUAUGUCUUUGCUUUCUAUUUGAAAAAGAACAAUCAGUCAAUUAUAUUUGAGGACAACCAGAAAGAUUUAGAGAAUGCUACAGAACAAUUAUCAGAAUAUCUAGAAAGAGAUAUUACUUCAGAUAUGUUACAAGACAUUAAACAGAAGGUUCAGGAUAAAUAUAGAUACUGUGAAAGUAGACGUAAUGUAUUACAAGGCCAUGUACAAGAAGGUUAUGAAAAAGAAUCAUGGGAGUAUUUUUAAUGUCUAUUAUUGAAUACAUUCUAUCUUUUUAGAUACUGUGAAAGUAGACGUAAUGUAUUACUAGACCAUGUACGAGAAGGUUAUGAAAAAGAAUCAUGGGAGUAUCAGGACUUUUAAACUGUGAAAUGUUAGGUUUUUGAUAUUUUAUUGUGUAAAAUAUUAUUAUAAUAAAUUAAUGAUGUUGUAUGAUUAUAUUGACAUGAAAGGCUUUUAUAUUUUUUAGUCAAACAAAAUCUUUUCUUCUGUCAGCGUAGUAAAAAGGGAUUUAUUGAUAAUGCAAAUUACAUUCUGACUUUUUGUGUGUUUUGUUAGGUUUGUUUUUUUUUUAAUUAGAUACAAAAUACAUAAAAGGAGUAAACUGAAAGGAAAUAUUGAAAGUUACUGCUGUGCAGUAGGAAAGAGAUUUUGUUCUGCAUUUAUUUCCUUUUUAUGAAGGAAAUGUUAGCUUGAAGUAAAUGUGUGAAUGUAUGUUUGAUGACAUCAUCCUGUUCUCAUGAUUUAUAUCCCAUGUUGGUAUUUAUUGAUUGAUCUAAUAGAUCAAAGUUUCACAUUGAUUAUUUAAAAAGAGAAUUUUUUCAUUAGCGUGACAAUUAUAUUGUACUUUUUUGCUUACUUCUUAGUUUUUUAACAUUUAAUUUAUGUUACAAAUGUUUAUGUUCAAGAAGCUUUUCUUUUAAAAUGUCUAUAGCUUUAUAGUGAAAGUUCAGAAACAAUGUAUAUUUUUCUAGUUUGUUAAAUUCUAUUCAUUAUUGUAGUGAAAAACAAUUCAAAUAAAGGGGAAAUUUUAUGAAACAAAAAAUUGUGAAAAAAUAAUGAAGAAGAUGUUCUUGCCAGUUAGAAUUAAGCUUUCUGUUGUGUUUGGUUACUAGAGAUUCUUUUUGUGUUAUGUUAGAUCUUUUUUUCAUCAUUUAUGUCCUUUAGAAAUGUUUUUUAUACACAAAUUUAGCUUUAAAAAAAUAUAAAACUUAAUGCAAGUUUUAAGAUAUGAAUGUUGAAUAACCAUAAAUUGUCUCUGAAAUUGAUAUUUAUUUCUACAAUGUUCGAAACAGAUAGAACUGUAAGGCAUUAUGAAGCAAUUCUAAAGUAUUUUGUGUAGAGUGCAAAUACAUUUUUAUAUUCAAGAAAAUUUAUGGUUAGUCAUUUCAAUCUGCAAUUAUUCAAAAAUUAUUUAGAAGAAAUUAUUUUACUUAAAUGAUAUGUUUACCUUUCCAUAAUAUAUAUUUAUUGUUUUGACCCUAUUAUUUAAAAAAAGACGUAUUUUUUUAUGAAAAAGUCUUGCUGUCCAAUUAUGAAUCAUUUUCAGCUUUUUGAAUUAUUUCUUUUUAGAGGAAGUUGAUUUUAAUUUCUAUACAUUUUUCCUCAAUUUGAAGAGUUGUCUAUAUUAUUACAACUAUUUGUCUUUUGUUGCAUAUUUAUAGCACUUACAAUAUUUUGACACAAAAUUAUUUGAAACAAAGGUGAACAGUUUUGUGAAAUUAUAAAAGAAAAUAUCAAUGGAGUUAUGUUAAUGCCAAACUGGAAAAAAGUUUAUAAACUUGUGUUUUUGUGUAUAUUUGUCAUUUUAUGUUUUAAUCUGAUUUGAUGUGUAACACUAUUUCUUUCUAAACAACUCUACUUGAUUUGUAAGGACAAUUUUCUGGAAGUUUUGUUCAUUUCGAAAUUCAUUAUAAAAGUGAAAAGUCUGGUUAGUUCUGGAAUUUAAAAUUAAUGUCUAAAAGUACUUCUGUUCCCUUUAGAUUUUUCUUUAAUUUGUUUGGUUUAUAGAUACAACUCAAAAUUGAGCUGAAGUGCCAUUUGACAGUAAAAUGAACUUGAAUAAGAGUUAUUCUUUUUUUCACUGCCUCAACUUUUUAAAGCAACUAAUUUGAGCCUAUUUCUUUUUUGCACAAACGUAUGUUAUACAAUGUUAAAAGUUGUUUUUGCUUGUAUAUGUAUCUUUAAGUCUGUUCUAAAAAUAGGUUUAUAACCUGAUUUCUUACAAUUGUUACAAUCAGGUUGUAAGUCUCCCUGUUCAAGAAAUAUGUAACCAAAAAGAACCAAAUUUAAAAAUGUAUGAAAGUAAUUUAUUAUACAGUGCAAGGUACAAGGAAAUAAAGCUUGGAUUAGGAUAAUAAAAUAUAUUACCAGUAGGAGUUCAUUGUACAAACUGUUAGGGGGAUGAAAGUUCAACAUUUAUUAUUUUGACAAACUGAGUUCAAAAUGAAGAAAAAGACCUUAUUCAAAGUUGUAAAAGGAAUGCUUAAAGUUGAUGUAGUAUUAGAUAAAACAAAAUCAGUCAAUCAUGCAUUCACUAUCAGUAUCUUAAUGACCAAAAUAAGAUAAUAUGGAAAUGACAUUUUUCAAGAAGCAACUAUUGUAAUGCUAGGUGAUAUAAACUUUUUGUGUUUCAUCCUUCAAAACCAGCAAAAGUAUAAAUAUUUAUUAGAUUCAACCAUUAUUCUUGUAAUGCUAGACUAAAAGUUAUCAUUUCCCACCUGCAUCUAUAAACAAGAUCUUUGUCAUACUAUCAUAUUUUGUUGUUGUAGGCAUUAACUUCUGUCAUGUCAUGUUUUCAGUGAAAAUGUUUGAGGUAUUUGCAUUUUGUAAAACUUUUUUUUUUUUUUUUUUUAAUUAUGAAGGCUUAAAUAUUCGUGUUUAGGAAAAUAAUAAAUAUCAUUUUUGGCUUAUUGAUAUUUGAAUAUUGUUGAACGUAGAAAAAGAAUGAUUGAAUACAAGUGAAUUAUUUUUUUUAUUUAGAACUGCUUUGUAAAUUGUGAUGGCAUUUGGAACAUGUGAACAUGAAGUUGUUACAAUAUCACCUUAUUAUCAAGGGAAUAUGUAUGUUUGUAUGAUGUUUUGUAAUGUUGCAUAUUAAGAUAAGAAUGAAAAUAAAAUCAAAAUAGUA